AUGGAAUGUCGUCUGAAACUGAAGAAAGAUGACAGCAGUGGCGAGGUUGACAAGACACUCUACAAUAGUGUGAUAGGCAGCCUCAGAUAUCUGGUCAAUACAAGACCUGACAUUGCAGUGGCUGUAGGAGUGGCCAGCAGAUUCAUGGAGAGCCCCACUGCUGCACAUUGGGCGCUUGUCAGGCAAAUCUGCAGAUAUGUUCAAGGAACACUCUCGUUCGGCUGCAGAUACAGGAAAGGAGAAGGAGAACCUGUGUUGUUGGGCUACAGCGACAGUGACCACGCUGGUGAUCUUGGGGAUCGCAAGAGCACGUCAGGUGUCGUCUUCUUCCUGGGCAACAACACUGUAACUUGGAGUUCACAGAAGCAAAAGGUUGUGGCUCAAUCUUCUUGCGAAGCGGAAUACAUUGCUGCAGGUGCUGCGACGUGUCAGGGGGUGUGGCUCAGUCGACUACUUGGCGAUCUGAGUGGAAAAGCACCAGCCAAAUUCAAGCUUCUGGUGGACAACAAAUCAGCUAUUGCUCUGUGCAAGAAUCAUGUUCAUCACUAUCGCAGUAAGCACAUCGUCAUCAAAUAUCACUUCAUCAGGUCAUGCUAUGAGGAGGGCAAGUUGGAUAUUGAUCAUGUGCGCACACAGGAGCAGCUGGCAGAUAUUCUCACUAAGGCACUUGGCUUCGUUAGGUUCAUCGAGCUGCAUCGCUUGCUGGGUGUCGUCGAGGUGCAAGUUUAA